AUUGCUUGAAUCUAGCCCUCUGUGACUGGGAAUUUGAACCCCCUUCACCAAGGACUUAGAUUCUAUGAUGCCAAAGUUAUGUCAGACAUGGAUUUAGUUGCAGAAAGAGAGAAGAUCACAAAACAAAUCAAGAAUCUGGAAAGAAUUUUGGAUCCUAACAUUGCAACAAUUGAAGUGGUUGUCUCUGAUUCGAAUCUUGAUUCUACUUCAGAAGCAGAUUCCCUGGAAGAUGAUGAUUGGGAUGAACACAUUCCUAUGGAGGAAGAAAGUUGGGGAGAAAGUGAUGAAGAUGACUCAAAGGACCAAGCCCUUCCCAAAGACCCAGAGACCUGUUUACAGUUGAACAUGGUAUAUCAAGAAGUCCUUCAGGAGAAGAUAGCAGAAAUUGACUUACUGCUGGCUCAGAAUAAAGAACAACAGGAAGAAGUCAUGUGGGAUCUUGCUGGUUCCAAAGCCCCAAAGACAAAAGAUGGAAAGAGCCUCCCUUCAAAUGUAUUUGUGGGUCAUUUUAUGAAACCAUACUUCAAGGAUAAGGUCACAGGAAUUGGACCUCCAGCCAAUGAAGAUACUCGGGAAAAGGCUACACAGGGCAUCAAGUCUUUUGAAGAACUGAUUGUGACCAAAUGGAAAACUUGGGAAAAGACUUUACUUAGGAAGUCGGUGAUAAGUGACCAUCUGCAGCGUUUGCUUCAACCCAAGUUAUUAAAGCUUGAAUACUUAAAUCAAAAACUUGACAAAGUCAGUGACUCAGUGGAGAAGCAGAUUUUGGAGAAGCAAGUUAAAAACACUGAGAAGGAAAUUGAAGAUAUCAAUCAGCUACCAGAAGAGUCUUUGUUGGGGGACAGACUGGAUGAAAGGGAUUGGGAGAAGAUCUCCAACAUUAAUUUUGAAGGCAGCCGAAGCGCUGAUGAGAUUCGGAAAUUUUGGCAGAACUGUGAGCACCCAAGCAUCAACAAGCAAGCAUGGGUUGAGGAAGAGACCAAGCGUCUGAAAGAGAUUGCCGCAAAGCACAAUUACUUGGAGUGGCAGAAAAUCGCAGCAGAGCUGGGGACCAACCGAAGUGCCUUCCAGUGUCUACAAAUGUACCAACAGUAUAACAAAGACUUGAAGCGGAAGGAAUGGACAAAAGAAGAAGACAAUAUGCUCACACAAUUAGUUGAGGAAAUGAGAGUUGGAAACCAUAUCCCUUAUCGUAAAAUUGUCUACUACAUGGAGGGUAGAGAUUCAAUGCAGUUGAUCUAUCGUUGGACCAAGAGCCUAAAUCCCAAUUUGAAAAAAGGAUUCUGGACACCAGAAGAAGACGCUAAAUUACUCCAAGCUGUUGCCAAAUAUGGAGAACGUGAUUGGUUUAAAAUUCGGGAAGAGGUGCCAGGUAGGAGUGAUGCCCAGUGUCGAGAUCGAUAUCUAAGAAGAUUACAUUUCAGCUUAAAGAAAGGGAGGUGGAAUGCAAAGGAAGAAGAAAAAUUAAUUGAAUUAAUAGAAAAAUAUGGUGCUGGUCACUGGGCAAAGAUAGCCUCUGAAUUGCCUCAUCGAACAGGCUCCCAAUGUCUGAGCAAAUGGAAAGCCUUGAUUAGGAAAAAGAAAAGACCCAGAAAACGGCAGAAGUCUCGGAAGAAAUGUAGUUCUUGCUCCUCCAGCAGCAGCAGCAGCAGUGAGGAUGAUCAGCUGGAGUGGCACAAUGACCUGGAGAAGGAGAAAGAUGCUGAAGGAGGAGCACUAGAUGAACACCAGUACACAGUGCCCAGCAUAGACUUAUGGAUGCCUACCAGACACAGUCAUUCUGAGCCAUGCAAAGAUCCAGGGUGGAGCUAUUCCAGGCCCUCCACUAUUUCCCCUUGCCUUUCCAAAGCAUCUGGGACCUCCAAAGAUGGCAGCGAGGCAAUUCCAAGUGUAGCAGUGGCAACAAGAAGGGAUUUUAGCCAGAACAAAGACACUUUGGCCCCCACUAUGGACAUGGAAUACACAACACAUUCAGCUGACAUUGGUCUGGAGAAGCCACAGGAAGGAUUAGAAGAGCAGGCCUCCAAAACUGGGAAGCGUGUCUUAAAAGUUCCCCUGAAUGAUGUGAAAAAGGUGAUAAGGAUCAAUACCUGUUUGGAAUACCAGAAACUAAAAGAAAGGCUAAAGAAGACCCACCUAUUCACUUCAUCUCUGGCAUCCAAAAUGGACAAUGGAAUGGCUAUAGAAAAAGUGGUGCAGGUGUGGCACAAAACUUUUCUGAGUAGACAGCGGCAACAGAAGGUUGGCAUACAGAGGAAGAGGCUGGACCGCAAGCUCUUGAUGGCUGUGACUCCUUGGGUGGGUGAUAUCGUCAUCCCUUGUUGGAGUUCCAGGAAGGCUGUAACAGUGCAGACUCGAGCAGAAGCCAUCAUGACAAAGUUGCAGACUGUCCAUCUAACAAGUACACCUGUGUUUACAUUGUUUAUUCAGCUGUUGCAAAUUGAUACUGAUGGCUGCAUGAAGGUGAUUGGAGAGAGGAAGACCAAGCAGUCAGAGCUGCUCUGGGCUAUUACUGGAAAUCCACAACAACCUCAACAGGCAUCUUCCAGUUUACAGAAAUCUUCAGGCUGCCUGCUGAUGAAGGGAGUGGGCAAAGAAACACAGAAGAAAUCUAUCUCUAAGAUGAAAGAUUUGCCAGAGUCUGCCCAGCCUGGGCCAACGCUGUUACCAACUUCUUUUGGUCCCAUAUCAAAGCCCAAGACUGUUUCAGAACUUCUGAGGGAGAAGCGGCUAAGGGAAUCCCGAGCUAGAAAGGCCUUGGAGAGCACAGUGAUCCUUUCCCCUCAGGUGCUGAUCACCCCACCUGUGAUUCUUCAACAGUCUCUGCAACCACUUAUCCCUUCUACUCUUGCCAUGACCCAGCCACUGGGAUCAGGGUCAGCUGGGAAACCAGUUGCUGUGGCUUCAAGCCCAGUAGCCACAUUUCAAACACCUUCCCCCAUCAUAGCUUCCACCAAGUCCCCUGAGAAAAGUUCUAGCACAAAUAACUCUGACUCCUCCCAGGGAAAUGAGGUCAUUGCUGAAGAGAAAGUAAAUGAAGCAGAGGGGACCUCUGCUCCCCAGGGUGGGGCCCUCAUCUCAGGUCAGUCUUCUUCUUUGAUGAGGGCUGAAGGACACUCUGUUCCUAGUGAGAGCCCAGUCCCUGCAACAGCAGCUAAUCCAGUCCUAGGAACAAGCCAAAUUUCUACCAACUCGGGGCCAGCUAGCCUCCUGUCUUCCCAAACCACUAUCACCUCAAAGAAACAGGAAUUACCCAACGCUCCUCCUUUUCUAGCUCCAUCUCAAGUCUCUAUGCAACAGCCCAAGCCCAUCAGCCUGGUGCCUGCCCUUUCAGUUCCUACCUGCAGUCCACAGGUUAUCUCCAGCAACAUUUUUCCUAUCACUUGGGUAGUUACUACACAAGGGCUUGUCCCUAUGUCCAUGUCAACCUUUGUAGGCCUCCCUGGAUCAGGCAAGCCAGCUGGAACCCCUGUACUUCCUGUCCUUGGUGGAGUAGCCAGAAAUCAGGCUACCCUGAAGCUAUUGCCUUCAUCAAUAGUUAAGCAGAGCUCUAGGACCCCUGAAUCAAGCCCCACUUUAGCCAAAAGACCACUUAUUGCCAGUAAACCUCUUAUAGGAGACCUGCCCUCAGGGAUAGCUGGACCAAACCUUCCAACACAUCUUCCCACCACAACUUCAUCAAAUACAGGAAAUCACUCAGGAAAAAAUAGUCUUCCUGAAGAUAAACCUUCUCCCAGGGAAGUGAAGACAGCUAGAGAGAUGUCAGCUCCCCUUCCCCGGCCUGAGACACAGCCCCAGACCAAAAGCCCCAUAAACCAACCAAGGACAGAGCCUGAUGGCUGUGGUUGUGCACCCACCCCAGAGGCAGAGAACCCAGCUGGAGUGACUAUAGGAGACCAGGAUCCCAUGCAGAAAAACCUUUUAGUGGAGACAAAAGACCAGCUUCCUGUUCAGAAUGGUAAUCCUGGAAAAUCACUUCCCAUCCCAACAGAGAUACCUAAGCCCAUUACCCAGCAACAAGAAGGGUUGGCUGCCCAAGACAGUCAGCCUAAAGCCUUGGAGCCUGGGAAAAGUAUUCUGGACCUGAAUCUCCUCUCAUUAGAGAAUGAGGCUUCCACACGGGAGUGGCUCAAAGGAAAGCAAGGAGUCUGCUUGCCCCCACUUCAGAGCACGCUGCCCUACCUGCCUCCCUUUCUGUGUAAUCUGAAGACCCUUUCAGGGCUUCUGCUCCAAAAGAAAUCUCUAGAGCAGAGAGCAGCUACCAUAGUGGCACAAGGAAGUGUCCAGGACAAGAAUGAUGUGUCCAGACAAGAUGUGCAAGCAGCUCGGCAUCUGGUACAACAGCAACUUAAGGAGAACCCUGCAUAUCUCCUCCUGAAAGCCAGAUUUUUGGCAGCUUUUGCCCUCCCAGCUUUUCUUGCCACUCUUCCCCCACCUAGGGUUCCAACCACCCUUUCACGGACCUUGGACAGAAACAGUGGGAGUGAGGAGGAAAGGGAAGAAGAGGAGUGCUCCCAGUCAAAGACAAGGCCCAAAGAUGGGGAUUGUGGUGAAAAGGAACAGUUAGUGAGCACAGCUGGAGAGACCCAGUCUACCCCAGAGGCUUCUAUCCAGGUCUCUCCCCAUCCUGACCCACAUGCCAUGUCCAGUGCUCUUGAUGCUGCUGAUUUCAAUGUGCUGAAGACCAGAAAUGCUGUACAUGCCAGGAAGCGGAGGAGGGUGUAAGAAGGGGCAGGGGAGGAUUCCUGACCAUGAAAACUGCCUCUGGAGCUGAGAAAAUCUUAAACUUGCUUAAAACCUACUGACUGUGCAAAAAUUUAAAAAAAAAAAAUUCCAAGAAACCAUGAAGGAUAAGAAGGCCUUUUCCUCAAGAAGGCUUCCUCUGUACAAACAGUAUUGAGUCAACAUUUCUCACAUAGCUCCUCAAUGAAGACCAAUUAUCACACUAAUCACCCUGGAUUAUCAUUCGUACUGUAAGCCCUGGAAAUCGGACUCUUCUGCAAAAGGCUCAUGCCACUGCUCUGUUGCACUAGCACACAAGAAGGCCAGGUGCCCCAGCAGGGCUGUGGGCUAGGGAGGAGGAAGAAGAGAGAAAUGGAAGAUUAUUUAUUUUUGCUGUCAAAGCUCUAUUUUGUAUGAACACUUGGUUCUGGAUCAGAAGAGGUGACUGGGAUUCUCAGUUCUUCCACCUUCAUUGAUGUUGGUAAUGGUCCUUUGGCUGCUUUGAAGUGAUAACACUUCUUUAAUUGGAGGGGUUAUUUUUUUAUGCAAAUAACAAGUCUGAGUGUUUGGAGGGAAAGAUAUAAAUAUUUAUAUGUGUGUGUGUGUGUGUGCGCGCACAUAGAUGCUAGAUGUUCUAUUUUCUCAUUAAAAACCCAAAAACUAGCUUUAUUUUCUCAAGGGUGUACUGUAAGUAUACACACACUCACAUUCAGCCCCAUACUUAUCAAUAUGAAGCUAUACAUAAAAGCCUCAGACUGAUGCUCAAGGCCUCCCAUACUUUCUAGUUGGUCAUUUACAUGUGAAAUGGCUAAAUAUGAGAGCUAGAAGAGACCUUGAAGGAGUGUCUGGAAUCAGCAAAGGUCUGAAUCUUGGCUCCAUCAUUUCCUUGCUGUAGAAUCUUGGGUAGAACUAUAACUGGGUAUUUUCUUCAUUUAGUCAAACCAUUUAGGAGUGGGGACAGAUGGGGAAGGUGGGGGAGAGAAAUGUACCAUUGAAUAUCAAUCUGAUAGAGUUGGUUGGACAGUAGUGGUGGUACAGAGAACACAGUCUAGCAGACAGUGGGUAGGUAGAAUGUGGGCAUAGAGGACAGUUCAGCCCUCAGAGACCUACCACUGUCUCCGAAGGGCUUGGUAGUAACAGUGAGCCCUGGGAAAGGAACAUACAUAGUAGAUCCUGCCUCCCCUCUGUCCCUUGUCAGAAAUCUGUAUAAAACUUUGGUUACUUUACCCUUAUUAUAGCUCUGGUCCUUUAACAAGACAUUUAAUGACUCUGGGCCUCAGUUUUUUCAUCCAUAAAGAACAGGGAAGAAUACUACUUGCACUGUCUCUGUGUCACUAGGAUUUUGUGGAGAAAGCACCCUGUAAACCUUUAAUACUAUAUAAAAUAGCAUUUGUUAAUAAUCUGUAAAGAGGUUUAGACCAGAUCAAAGGUGUCAGAUAUGUUGCCCACAACACUUCCAAGUGCAACCUGAACUAGAUUAAAAUGUAAUUAGGAAUAUUUAAUAAAACAAA